CGCGGCUCGGGGCGGCUCGGGCAUCACCCUGGGAAUAGAGAAAUACCUGGAAACGAAGGUUUGAGCGGAAACAGGCCUCAACAACAGCUUCGUAUUUUUGAGGGGGGUUUUUUUUGCACACAGGCGAGGACGGGGGGAGUGCGCCCACCGCGUUGCGGGUGUAUGUACGUGCGUUUGGAUCACGAUGAUGCAAAGUGCGGCGGUUCUACCGACAGAGAGUCCUGUAAAGAGUUUACCGGAGAUUCUCGGUGUACCACUGCAGCAGAUCCCUCAGUGUGCAGGCUGCAGUCAGCACAUCCUGGAUAAGUUCAUCCUGAAGGUGCUGGACAGACACUGGCACUCCAAGUGCCUCAAGUGCGCAGACUGCCAGACCCCGCUGGCGGAUAAAUGUUUCUCCCGGGCAGGCAGCGUCUACUGCAAGGAGGACUUUUUCAAGCGUUUUGGAACAAAAUGUGCGUCGUGCCAGCAGGGCAUCCCUCCGACGCAGGUGGUGCGGAAGGCGCAGGACUUUGUGUAUCACCUGCACUGCUUCGCCUGCAUCAUGUGCAGCAGACAGCUGGCCACCGGCGACGAGUUUUACCUCAUGGAGGACGGGAGGCUGGUGUGCAAGGUGGAUUAUGAGACCGCCAAACAGAACGAUGAUUCAGAGGGUGGAACCAAACGACCAAGGACCACCAUCACCGCCAAGCAGCUGGAGACCCUCAAAAGUGCCUACAAAAACUCGCCAAAGCCAGCCCGCCACGUCAGAGAGCAGCUGUCCUCUGAGACAGGCCUGGACAUGAGGGUGGUGCAGGUUUGGUUCCAGAACCGGCGAGCAAAGGAGAAGCGUCUAAAGAAAGAUGCCGGUCGCCACCGUUGGACUCAGUUCUAUAAAAGUGUCAAACGCAGCAGAGGAGGAACCAAAGUGGAGAAGGAGAGCUCGGCUGAUGAUGCAGGGCUCAGCGACAGCGAACUGAGCUUCAGAGACGACCAAGUCUUGUCUGACCUCAGCCACGCGAACGGCCUUUACGGGAGCGUGGGAGACAUGACCAACAGCGCUGUCCUGAACGGCGGCUUCUCUGUCGACGCGGCGGGACAGCCCUACCAAGACAUCCGGCCAGGGAGCCCCUAUGGUCUACCGCAGUCACCUUCCUCCAUCACCUCCCUGCCCGGCCACACACCUCUCCUCAACAACCUGACCUUUAACAUGGACAGUCUGGUGGCGCAGGGGGGGCCAGGCGGAGUGGGACAGGCUCUGAGGGCCAUGGCGGGGGGCCCCACCUCAGACCUCUCCACGGGGAGCAGUACGGGAUACCCUGACUUCCCCACCAGCCCGGCUUCCUGGCUAGAUGAGAUGGACCAUUCCCAGUUUUGAGCCUCCAGCUCAGCAGAAGAACCACUAUGAGGAUUUAUCAAAAGGACACGACAGAUGUUUUUUUUUUUUUUUUUACAUUUCUUUACUUCACUCUGCAAGACUGCUGUGCUUUGUGUUGCUCGGUGGAGAGGAAAAGCUUGACUGGAGUCCGAACAGUGAGAUAACAACCAGGUUGGAAGAUGCAGACUGAACUUAAGCAGUAAAGCAACACCUGAAUGUUCAAUCUCAACACUGCAUCAUCACAAUUUUUUAUUUUUUAAUUAUUGCCUGUUUUUAUUUUGUUCAAUCGCUACAAAGGAGACUAAACUUCACAAACACUGGUGGACUGUGCUCAAACACACAGGUCAGGGCCGUCAUUUGUACCGGGCCCAGAAGGCAGCUGCAUGCUUCUGAUUCACAAUGAGUUGAACUGCUGGCCGGCCGUACCGGAGCCUUCACAUUGGCAUUGCACUUUACUCUCCUCUUCUUUUUCUACGUGAACGGACAGGAGUGCAGAGGAGAGAGACGUAUGCACAAGGCAAACAGUGUUUCACUCGGAGAAAAACUUACAAGAGCAGUGGCACAAGCGUGAAUCUAGAAACAUGCUCAUGUUUUUUUUUUGUUUAGCUUUUUUAUGUGUUACCGACAAAGUGUUUUGAGAAAUGGUCUGAUCUGCUGAUCUGUGCAUCCAGAAAUUGUUUUAAUGAGGGUGUUUUGAGACAAAGCGGUCAUAUUUACAGAAUUUAAUCUGAGCAAAAGACGCUUCAGAGAAGAAAUCCGUUAGUAUUAAACCCUUUUUCACACGAGGAGCCAAAACUUUCAGUAUAGAUCAUAUUUCUGCAUUAAUUUAUUCUUCAGAUGCAAAAAUAUAAAACAUGUUGUUUCUGUAAUAAAUAAAAACAUCAAUAAGUAUUAAAAGAAACAAAGAAACGGCCCUUUGUGUUUGCUCUCUUCAGUCAGAUCCAGCCUUCUCCUGAUAAUCUUCUCAGCCAGCAGCAGCCUCAGCUUUGCCUGCUGUCAACCUACUUCCCCCAACUCCAGAUGUGAUGUCGGCCCUUUGUACCAGAGGGAUUAACACAGUCUGCCACAUUCAGAGCUGAUAAUUCAGCAUCUGAGCUGGAUCGGCUGCAGAGAUCAGUCACCGUCAGCUCCAGCUUCACAAAUUAUUUGCUACAAGAAGAAUAUCUCAAAAGUAAAUCCCCCGUGAGCUUCAUUUAAGUUGUAAAAUUAACCAACAGUUUCAUGCUUGUGUAGGAAAAUGCAUCCUCCCAGAUCUCAUCUCUGCUCCUGUCUCUGAUUUGAGGACAAACCGGUCGAUGUGAGCACUUCUUUGGAGAAAACAAAAUGUCAAGUCUUCUUUUUUUUUUUUUCCAUAUUUCACCUCAAGGCAAAUCAAAUAACAGGCAGUGACACAAUUACAGAUUACAGCCCACAAAUUACGAUGUGUUUACGUCUUAAAAUCACAAUACUUUUAACAUGUGAGUGAAAUGGACAAGUCAAAAGAGGGGAAAAAGUUCUGCCUUUAAAAUGGAUCUUUAUUUCUUAAAGUGCUUAUUUAUGCAGAAUUUAUUUGAACUGUUUUUAAAUAAAGGUUUUUGAUUAUUAUUAAGAUGUUAUUUUAAAACAUCAUGAGUUAGAAAAGUGAAAAAUGCAUUUCAGUAAUGCCAGGUAAUUCCAAUUAGUUUAUGCCAUGUAAAUAAAAAGCAUAAUCCCUCCUACUAGACGUGGGUCACAGCUUUGUUCCCUGCACAAACCAGUGGAUAUGCAGUAAAUGCUGCUCACAGCUGAAUUACAAAGUAAUUUGUUGGCUGAAAUCUGGGAUUUUAGAGGAAAACAACACAGAAAACCCAUCAUUGAAGCAGUUUUGUUCAGUCGGUUUUGCCUCAGAAGUUUGCAUCUUAUUGUUGUAAAUUUUGUACAGUUUGAAAACGUGUAGAUUGUCUUGUUUCAUGAGCGCUAUUUAUUAUUAUGAUUAUUAUGAUUAUUAUUAUUAUAUUAUUAUUAUUAUUAUUAUUGCCAUGUGUCUUUGAAAAAGAUGUAAAAGAGAGCACUGAAUCUAUUCAUUUAUGCCUUCUGUGUAAUGGUAUGAACCGUGUAAAGUUAAAUCUAUAUGGGGAAAAUAAAGCUGAAUUGUCUUUGGUUACCCCUCGAGUGAGUUUUUCUUUAUUUUUCACAGUGCUGGCUUGCAGUGAUGAAUGCGAGAGCUAAGAUUGCCAGGCGAGCUUUAUUUAUGACGCAUUUAAAGAAAAAUACAUCCUGUUGGUGUUUUUAUUAUUUUUGCCUUAUCGAAACGCUCUUCGAGCCAGUUAACCCACAAAUUCAUUUACCCAUUGAGAGCAUUUACCACACACUUAGGCCUCUAUUCAAUUGUGGAGAUCCAUUUAGUACCUCCAACAGGCACUGGUCAGUCAUUUAACAGUGAUCGAUGCUGUUUUCCUCUCUCGCUCUCCGAGAGUGGGGGUGACAAGAAAGAUGCAUGAAAAGAAACUAUAUGGGAGGACAGAGGGGAGGGGAAUAAAACAUGCACACAAACAGAUGCCUUGCUGGCUGCUUCUCUGAUCCUAUCAGUGCUGAGGAGACACUGGAGCAGAUUGCAGCACAGUCAAAUCUACCCUUAAUCCCUAGACU